GUAUCCGGAACAACACGUCGCCUUCUGGUAUCAGUGCGCGUGGCCUCCGUUAACUUCGCGCGUUUUUUAGAAGAAAUGACGCAGAAUAAGUUAAUGUAAGGUUUGUGAUCCAUCGAGAGAGAUUUUAAAGCCGCAGUGUGAAUAUAGUGCGCGCAGUGUGCGGAACUAUAGUGCACAGCGGACGGAUGCCGCUGGCUGUUGUUUGUCUCUUCCUUAUGUGGAGCGGAGUGAUUUGGGGGCCGGGUCUCAUUACUGUACAACAACUUUAUAACUUUAUCCGGUCGUUGUGCGGAUUCAAGCUGAUGGACCGGUUCUGGUUCUGUCGGACGUCCUCCGGCUGCUCCGCCUCAACCUCCGCUGGUUCGCCGACUUUGUGCUGGACACAACGGCUUAGUGGUUGCUAACGUAACCGCUAACGCGAGCUAACAGCGGCUAACAGCGGCUAACAGCGGCUAACACCUACAGUUAGCCGCUGUUAGCUUGUUAGCUGUGUAGCUACGUUUCCCGUUAGCGCCCUACCGGGACCGUGAGCUCGGAGCACCGGGGGGAGUGUCGGUGUUUGGACCGCCGGAGGAGGAGGAGGAGGAGGAGGAGGAGGAGGAGGAGGAGGUUCUCAGUUCCUUGUCUUCAGGCCCGGCGGCGGCGGCGGGAACCGGCGGGAUGCUGGCAGGAAGCGACAAUGCAAUGGGCACCAGAACCGGACCUGGGCGAGCUGGCAACGGAACCGGACUCAGCAGCCUCCCAGGGAACUCGACCGAGGCGGAUGAGAGGGAGUACGGCGCCGAGGUGGUCUACAGCGGCUCCGACCAGGACUCUGACUCCGGGGACGACGAGGACGCCGCGGGUUCAGGCGGGGACAGGAGGGGCGUGAAGCGGGAGAGGAGCGAGAGGGAGGUCGGGCGUCACGCUGCGUCUGGCUCCGGAGGCCUGAGCGGGGGUUACGGCGGGAGCGGACCCGGAGCGCCGGGAGCCAAACCCGGAAAGAAAACCAGAGGAAGAGUCAAGAUCAAGAUGGAGUUCAUUGACAACAAACUGAGGCGCUACACGACGUUCAGCAAGAGGAAGACCGGCAUCAUGAAGAAGGCGUACGAGCUGUCCACGCUGACCGGCACUCAGGUGUUGCUGCUGGUCGCCAGCGAGACGGGUCACGUGUACACCUUCGCCACCAGGAAGCUGCAGCCGAUGAUCACCUCGGAGACGGGCAAAGCUCUGAUCCAGACCUGCCUCAACUCCCCAGACUCCCCGCCGCGCUCAGACCCCUCCUCCGACCAGAGGAUGAGCGCCACUGGCUUCGAGGAGACAGACCUCACCUACCAGGUGUCUGAGGCCGACGCCUGCUCGGAGGUCGCCAAGGAUCUGAUCAAACCAGCGUUCACCGUGUCCAACCUGCCCGCCACCACGCAGUGCGCCCCCUCCUCCUCCUCCUCCUCCUCCUCCUCCUCCUCAGUGUCCAUGCAGGUGCAGAGCAGCGCCCCCUCCUGGCAGCACUCCUCCUCCGCUAACGGGACGGUGCUGAAGACGUCGACUGGCGUCGUCCUACCUGCAGGUUUCACCUUGAUGUCAGGUGCCUCGCUGCCCCCCGGCACACACACCAUCCCCCUCAGCCAGCUGCAGGGUCAGUCUCUGGUGGCCCCCGGCCCCGCCGCCACGCUGCACGCUCCGCACACACAGUCGACCACGCUGCUCCGCCUCCCCGCCACCGUGUCACUGGCAGGGGGCGGAGUCUCUCAGCAGCUGCAGACCUUCCAGGUGCAGACCAGCACUCAGCAGACCUCCACCAAUCAGAGCAGCUCAGACAUCCACAACUCCGCCUCCUCCACAGCCAGUCUUCCUGCCUCCAUCGUCUCCUCUUCCUCCUCCUCCUCCUCUUCCUCAGUGGCCGGUCACAUGAUGUACCCGGGAGGUCACACGCUGAUGUAUGCGGCGCAGACGCCCUCACUGGGCGACGGAAGCCUCGCCGUCCUUAACACCUUCCCCCCGACAGGCCACGGCCAGUCACAUGACCCUGGUUCUCUCCCACAGGUCUUCCUCACGUCUCUUCCUCCAGUUGGCACUCAGAUCCCAGUUUCUGCUGUUCAACUGCACCCGAUGGUGAUCAGUCAGCAGAGCAGCAGCAACCUGACGGAGCUGCAGGUCGUCAGUCUGGAUGUCCACCAAUCAAAAGAUGACUGACGGCCACAUGACUGUGUCUCUCUCUCUCACACACACACACACACACACACACACACACACACACACACACACACUGUGUAUUGAACAGUAUUUGUACUAUGAAUGUAUUUGUUUGUUUAUCUUGGUUUCAUUUUAUGAUUUUAAAAAACAAAAAGUGCCAAAAAUGCUGAGAGGCUCUUAAAGGGACAGCGCACCCAGCGCUGCCUCCUUAAAGGGACAGCGCACACUGCUUCACAUUCCUUGAACAGAGAAUCAGAGUUGAGAAGGCUUCAGUUGUAAUGAGGCUGAAAGAAGACCUGUUCCACUGAGACACUGAGACACAAAGGAAGCUCGCUGUACUUCAGUGUCUCUUAUUGGAAAGAAACAGAACAAUAAAUGUUUUAUUGUUGUUUGUUUUCCUGAAGUUGAGGACAAACAUGUUUCAUCACUUCCUGUCAAUACUUUCAGUAACAACUCUUCAUCAGUUGGGACAAAGUUUUUAGGAAAAUAUUGAUGAAUGUAGUUAUCAGCUGAUCAAUAAUCGAUGAGAGGAUUACAGAUAUAUCAUGUAUUUGUACAGCAGUAUGUACAGUGUGUACUGGUGGUGCGUUUAAGGACACUCGCCAUCUGAAGCCGUAAUGAUGAGUUCAGUGACUCCAGUCUGUUGGAUCUGCAGGACCUGGUUGGACUCCGGACCCGAACCUUUUAUAAACCUGACUGUAUUUUAUAAACACAAACUGAAACAGGUUGGACCUUUGACCUCUGACCUCUGCAGGUCAUUCUUGUACAUAUGUUUCUAUUCAGCAGACAAAUCGAUCAAUAAUCAGUCAAUAAAAAGACUUGGAGAGCA